AGUGCGUGACAGGUUUUCUAGAAGAAAGGCCGUGCCCUCCACUUCAGUUCAGUUAAGGUAAAGAUAGUCAUCCUAAUAAAUUAUAGAACUACAAAUACAUGACAGUAUUCAAUCUCGUGCCCAAUUUGGUCUUCUUAAGCACCAUAUUUAGCAGAAGUCGGAUCAAAGUCAGGUUUCUCCCCACCUGAUUGCUGAGCAAAUUCGGGACUAGAUAUCAUGAUACUGAUUCUUACCUGACUACUGAAUAAUACAUCCAAUUUUAGAAUUUUCGCUAGCUGUAAGCGUCGGGAUUAUGAAAUUGUCUCGGUUACAUCUCUGUCCGAGGAGUUUGAUAUAAACAUACAACACAGCAGAACAAUUUGAACAACGAAGAAACGACAAAGAUGUCCGCGAACAUUUAUCAUCCAUCUAGAGGGGGUGUUCGUGGCGGAAAAGAUCAGUUCAAUUGGGAAGAUGUUAAAUCUGACAAGGACAGAGAAAACUAUCUUGGUCAUUCUUUGAAAGCACCAGUAGGUAGAUGGCAAAAAGGAAAAGAUCUUGUAUGGUACACCAAAGAUAAGGAAGAUGGGAUUUCAGAAGAAGAUAGAAGAAAAAAGGAACUACAAGGCGUCAGAGAUUUGGAAGCCCAAGCAAUGGCUGAAGCUUUGGGUUUUAAGGUACCACCCUACCCCGUUACAAAGGCUGACGAUAAGGUUCAAGAUAGCAUCAAAAGUUCUGAAGGUCAGCGCGAUCGGGAAUCGAGAAAGAAAAGUAAACGUAAGAAGGAUAAAAAAGACAAGAAAAGUAAGAAGAAAAAGCGAAGAUAUGAAUCAAGUGAUCAUGAAGAUAGUGAAGAAGAUCUGGUUGCAAGAGCUACUAUGGGGCGUCAUGAAGAAAAAGACAAAUACGGUGAUGAUAAUUAUUUAUCAAAAAAGAAAAAACGUAUAGAUGAUUGGAAGGACCCACAUGGCAGGGAUUCUGAAGAGAAACAUAAGAGACGAAGAGAUGAUUACGAUAAUCGUAACAGAUACAAGGAACGGUACACCAAGGACAGUAGAUCAGAUGAUGACAGGAAAGAGGAAAGAGAACAUAGGGCUGAAAAAGUGAAUCGAAACGUUCGCCAGGAUAAUGGUUUUUAUAAACGGGACUCUAAUAGAAGUGAUCGCAGGCGUUAUGAUGGAGAGUGAUGUAUUGUGUAUGAUGUAUAAUGUAAAGAUGCAAAGUAGUUUUAGAAAGAACGAAAUCGUCGAUAUAAAGUGAAGUAACGUAUAAGAACGUUGCUCUUAGCCGUUUCCAAAGUCCUUUGAUAGAAUCAGAUCUCUUUUCCUUUAUUUGCUUUAAGAAUAUUAUGUAAGAUUUCUUGCUAAGUCGUACAAAAGUGUUGAAGUAAUCGUGAAUGGUUUAGCUCGCUUAAAGACUACUUGCAUUUACACAGUGUAUUUAAAGCAAGGCAUGUUCGAUUAUAAUGCCCUACUUUAAAUAGCUCUUUGUAGUGCAGAUCUACAAAUGAGGGAAGAUCAGAAACGACUCAUUAGACGGAAUUGGUUGAGCUUUACAGAUGAUCUAGAGAGCAGUGUUCAGCAGAGUCUGAAAUGAUGAUUUUUGCAUCAAUGAUGAUUAGCCCGUUUUGAAAGAAUGCCAAAUUAAGCAAUAGAAGGCCCAUUUUUAUCGGUUUGCUGAAAGUCAACGCUACCUUCCCCUUUUGGUUCCGUGUACUAUUAUCUUGCAAACGAAAUCCUCUUUAAUCUUAGUCAACGAUCUCCAAUACUUCAUGAUACACUAUGUUGAUGAAAUAAAGCAAACGUACAUCACCUAACGAAUGUUCGAGCUGUGCUCUACAGAACAGCUCCAAAGACGCCAGUAAAAAAAGCAUGGAAUCUAAAAGCAAACCAACUAAGAAGUAUGCCCAAUGAUUCUUGCUUAACGUCACAAAGCAAGGACAAACUGUGAGAUUUACGUACAUUUCAUUUCAAUGUUUGAAUUUACGUACGAUUUCGUUUCUUCGAAACAGCUCACCAUUGUGCAUCUGGUCAUAAAUUAGUUAUUAUUCUCGUUUUUUGACUCAUUCUAAAAAUAAUUGACCAAGUCAUUCGUUUUUGAUAGAUUUUUAUUAAUAUUUUAACACAGCUAG